UGGCGCUAAGCAAUUCUUUUCCGGCAGGUCACCCCCCAGCCGAUGCUACCUGAGAGAAUACCUCUAGUUUGAGGUUAAAUAUCGCAGAUAUGGUGUUUGUUAAAGUAGUGAAGAACAAGGCUUACUUCAAGCGUUUUCAAGUGAAGUUUAAGAGGAGAAGAGAGGGCAAAACAGACUACUAUGCCCGGAAGCGCCUUGUUUUCCAGGAUAAGAACAAAUACAACACACCUAAAUAUCGCAUGAUUGUGAGAAUCACAAACAGAGAUAUAAUUUGCCAGAUAGCGUACGCCAGGAUAGAAGGAGACGUGGUGGUGGCGAGCGCCUACUCACACGAGCUCCCGCAUUAUGGCGUCAAGGUCGGGUUGACCAACUAUGCAGCAGCCUACUGCACGGGACUGUUGCUGGCACGCAGGAUCCUGAAGAAAUACAACCUCGAUAGCAUAUAUGAGGGUCAGACGGAGGUGGACGGCGAUUCCUACAACGUAGAGGAUGUGGCGGGCGAGCACGGUACGUUCAGGUGCUACUUGGACGUUGGACUGGCUCACACAACCACGGGCGCACGCAUCUUCGGGUCUAUGAAGGGAAUGGCUGACGGUGGCGUCGAAAUCCCUCACAGGUACGCACGAUUCCCCGGCUACGACGUCGACUCGAAGUCGUUCAGCGCCGAGGUUCACCGCGGCCACAUCUUCGGGCAGCACGUGAAGGGCUACAUGAGCCAGCUGCAGGAGAACGACGACGAAGCGUACAAGCGCCAGUUCUCACGCUUCAUCAGCGCUGGAGUCAGCCCCGAGUCGCUCGAGGAGAUGUACAAGAACGCGCACCGCGCCAUCCGCGAGAAUCCUGACCGCGUCGUCAAGUCGAAGCCCGCGCGCGACGAGACGCAGAAGGUCAAGAGGUGGAACAGGAAGAAGCUGACAAGGUCUCAAUACAUGGAUCGUGUGAAGCAGAGAAAGGCAGCCUUCAUCAAAAAGCUGCAGGAAUCUGCGGACGACUGAGAUUGUUGAAUUCCUGUACUCAAUACUUGUAAGAAAUAAAAAAGCAUCUGCAUUGAA